GUUGCGCGCGCAUCUCGUCCUGAGUUUUGUUUCUGUAACUUGCUAAAAGCCUGCUAACGCCGAAUCAAAGUUUGAAGCAAAAUGUCAUGUUGCGUGUCUGGUUGCAAAAAUCGCUACUCCCCAAGCAGCAGAACUAAAUUUUACACGAUACCAUCUGGAUCUCGACAGUUUCAGGUCCAACGGAGACGUUUAUGGAUACAAGCAAUACAGCGAGCGAACGGCAGCAACAUGGAGCUCAGAGGAUCUACUCGUAUUUGUGGCGAUCAUUUCAUUUCAGGAGAAGCGACCACGGACCACGACAGACCUGACUAUGUCCCUUCUGUGUUUACAUGUGCCAAACAAAAACAGAGAAAGAAAAAUAUGAAACGGUCUUAUGGUGGUAGAAAAAGUCUUCCACGUAGAGCUAAGGCACAUACAGAGGAAGAAACAACUCCACCUGAUUCUGAUGGAGCAGGUUCUCCAGCAGACCUUCAGUCCUCUGACAUGAUGGAAACUGCGGGUAAACUUUCAGUGCAGACUCCAUCACCUCCAUCUCUGCGAAAGAAAAUAAGGGGAUUGACUGAGGAAGCAGAAAGUAAAACCAACACAAUCCAAUCACAAACAACAUCCAGCCCAAACAAAACAUUACCAUCACAGACAUCAAUAGUAAGCAUGCAAAAAAUGGAUAAAAAGAAUCCAUUUGUGCUCCUAAAGAAUGUAAUAUCACCUGCAGGUGGCUACCAGUGUGAACUGUGCAGUCAGGUCUUUGUCAGUGUGUCGCAGUUUAUUAAGCACAAACAAGAGCACGAAGACCAAAAGGCCUUCGUCUCAGGUCAGGCAGAUGUAGAUGAGUCCCAUGUUGUCCCCGAGGAUGAGCCUUCCUUUCCGUGUAACAUGUGUGAUCGAUCUUUUACUACAAGUCAGAACCUCAAGCGUCACAAACUGCUCCAUGUUAAAGAUGGCAGGAAGUGCUUCAAGUGUGGCGUGCUGUUCUGUCGACGUCACAACCACGUUUUAUUCCAGCCACAGAUUGAGUCUAAAACUGAAUCUGGUGAAGAGUCCUCCACCAGUGAGGAACAGAGUGUAGACACUAGUGUGAGCCCAGAAAAGAGUCUUCCAGAAAACCAGGAGCCACAGCAGAUGGCAGAAACAGUUGACAACACUCAGAGUUCACAGGACCUCAGUCCGACGCCUUUACCUUCACCUUCACCCCCUGCAUUAUUACCCGAUGUCCCCCCUUUAUCCUCAUUCACCAGAACUCCUGGCUUGGAGUCAGUGAAACCCUCUCCUAUGCCCUGUCCCCCUUCACCAAUCCUCAGAUUCUCAAAUAACCCAAAACACUCAUUUAAUCUGAAUUCAGAAGUGCCUCAGUAUCCUUCUUUUUUUAUACAACCACAUCUCCCCCAACAUCCAGAGCUCCCAUCCUCACUGAGGAUCUUUUCCCCUCAGUACCUCACCUCGGCUUUGCUUGAAGUUCAAAGAAAUUACAAAUAUAUUUUGAGCAAACAAAGAACAGUUAAGAUUGAAAAUGUUGUGAAGGUGGAGCCAAACGAACCAGUUAUAAUUUCUCCGAAAGCCCAAACCGUAAAGGAAGUCAAAAAAGAGAAAAUUGCUUACGACCUAGAGAUUGAAAUCUGAUUCAAGCUGCGGGAAGCAUUGUAUCAUUUAAACAGUCAUUCCUGUACUGUAAAAACGAUUUAAUCCUCUCAUCAAACUGAUCCUAUUGCCUUGGUUGAAAUAUUUUCGUCUCAGAUGAGGACUGGUGCUUUUUGUCAUGAAGUGAAUAAGUCAGGCUGCCUAACAUUUGGGUGUUUUUGAUUAAUCUUGCAGCAGAGAUAGGAGCCUGUUUGGAUUAUGCAGCAAUCACUUAAAUUAUGUGUUUGUAUUGAUUUGUCUCCCUCUAGUGUAUAAAUGUGAAUGCUGCAGAUGGUCAAUAAACUUCUCAGACUGUUUACUGACAGGUCUAACUUGGUUCUGCACACCGAUAUAUUCUGAUGUGUCUUUUUGCUCCUCAGUUCUGAAGUUAAAAUGUUUCACCUUUUUAAAAGUAGCGAGAUUUUUUUUUUUACUGUUUAAUCAGUAAUACUGUUAAGAUGUGUGUAUAAUGUAAACGAUUUAGUUGUAAAACUGCACCAGUUGGCAUUUAGACUGCAGGCUGAAUAUUGUACUUAGUAUCAUGUGCUGUAACUGAUUGGUUUGUGAGCAAAUACACUGUACAACAAACAGGAGCAGGAAUAUUUGCUUUUACUACAUCAGGUAAGUGACCACUGAAUUAGCUUUUUCCCACCUACCUCAGAUAACUGGAAACAGACUGACAAUGUUUGCUGUUUUAUGUGCCUCAAUUUGACGUAAUGGGCACAAAUAUGUACACAAUGUAUUUAGGAUGCACAAGUGUUUUAAACUGGUUUAUGUGCAAAAUUUCCAGAAAUGGUAGAAAGCAGGGUGACUGAUUGGGAGACGAAACUGCUAUUCAGAAGCUUUUAAGUUUUAAUAACUAACACCCAAACUACCAAGCGGUGGCUAAGCACUCUUUCUGUGGUGCUGACACUGAUGUUGUGAAAAGAGGCAAGUCAAACAUUUAAUUGUAUUGUACUAGGAUGCAGCACACUUGUCGACUCUGAAUUGGGUUUUAAAACAGCUGCUUCACUUUUUUUUGUUCAUUUUAGGAUGACAGUUUUAUUAGACUAGACCUUUUUUUUUUUUUUGCUAAGUGGUUACUGCCUUAUCAUUUAGUCCUUAUGGGACUUUACCAGAUAACCACAGGAACUUGAAAACCAGAAAACUUUAAUUGACCCACCAGUUUAUGAAACCAUAACCCUGCUUAUAACAAAUUCAUUCUAUGAUUUUUAUUUGAACAGGAAAUGGGAGAGAUAAGUUGCUCAAUGUGUCAUAAUAUGUAAUUUGUAUGUAACCUAUUUUCAAAUAAAAUGAUCCUACUUUGUCA